UAAGCUAAGCGAGUGGCGCUCGUGAGAGUGAGCAGCAGCAGCAGCAGCAGCUCAGAGCUGAGGGAGAAAGAUGGCGACGGCUGGCUCGGAUCGUUCGUCCGUUUUAUCGUCUGAAUUCUUGGACUUUUCUGCUGAAGUCGUCGCAGCGCGGUGGCUCGCGGUCCCGGACCUGCAGAUGGAGGUGUACCGGCACCUGGGCCGCCACGUCCCCGGGAUCCUGUGCCAGGGGCCCGGCGGCGGCCGGGAGGAGCAGCGGGAGGAGCUGGCCUGUCAGCUGCUCCUUCUAGCACCUCUGGAGUGGUUCCUGCUGGGACAAGAACCCUCCGCUGGCUUCGCUCUGCUGCAGGAGAAGAACCAGCCCUCACUACUGUGUGGCCACGUCUUCAAGGUGGGAGAGCCCACCUACUCCUGCAGGGAGUGUGCAGCAGAUCCUACGUGUGUUCUGUGCAUGCAGUGUUUCCUGGGCAGCAUCCACAAGGAGCACAGAUACAGAAUGACCACAUCAGGAGGGGGCGGGUUCUGUGACUGUGGAGAUACUGAAGCCUGGAAGAAGGGCCCUUACUGCCAGAAACACCAACCCAACACCACAGACACGCCUGAGGAGCAACAGGAUCCUGUGGCUCAGCUGCCAGCUGACAUGGUGGCCCGCAGUUACAUCAUGUUUUCCAUCAUCCUGAAGUACGCUGUGGACCUGCUGACCUGGGAUCUGGAGGACCAGCUGCCGGCAGGACUGGAGCCGCUGGAGAAAGGGGACACCUUCUACUGCAUGCUGUUCAAUGAUGAAGUGCACACGUAUGAACAAGUCAUCUACACACUGCAGAAGGCUGUCAACUGCAGCCAGAAGGAGGCAGUCAGCUUCGCCACCACCGUGGACAGAGAAGGUAGAAAGUCUGUUCGAUACGGUGACUUCCAGUUCUGUGAGCAGGCCAAGUCUAUUAUCGUGAGGAACACCAGUCGUCAGUCGAAGCCUCUCAGGGUUCAGGUCAUGCACUCGUCUGUUGUUGCUCAUCAGUGUUUUGCUCUGAAAGCGCUGAGCUGGUUGGGACAGAUCAUUCAAUAUUCAGACGGCCUGAGGAGGAUCCUGUGUCAAGUCUGUCUUCAGACAGGCCGACCCGACUCCUCACUGGUGGACCGGCUGAUGCUCAAUGACUCUAAAAUGUGGAAAGGAGCGAGAAACAUCUACCACCAGCUGCUGAUGAACAGUCUGCUUAUGGAUUUCAAGUACAAGAAAGUCUUUGCCAUCCAGUUUGCCAAGACGUAUGAACGCUUGCAGAGCGACUAUGUGAAAGACGACCACGACCGUGAGUUCUCCAUCACUGACCUGUCAGUGCAAAUAUUCACCGUCCCCUCGCUGGCCAGGAUGCUGAUGGUUGAGGAGAACCUGAUGACAACUAUCAUCAGAACUUUUGUUGACCACCUCCGACACAGAGACCUGCAGGGACGGUUCCAGUUUGAUCGCUACACCUCCCAGCAGGCCUUCAAGUUUGGGCGAGUCCAGAGUCUUAUUGGAGACCUCAAGUAUGUCCUGAUCAGUCGCCCCACAGAAUGGAACGACCAACUUAGACAGAAAUUUCUAGAAGGCCUGGAUGCUUUCCUGGAGCUGCUCAAGUGUAUGCAGGGCAUGGAUCCAGUAGUGAGACAGGUUGGACAGCACAUCGAGAUGGAACCAGAGUGGGAAGCAGCGUUCACUCUGCAGAUGAAGCUGACGCACAUCAUCUCCAUGAUCCAGGAAUGGUGCUGCAGUGAUGAGCACGUGCUGAUGGAGGCCUAUAAGAAGACUCUGAGCAUGCUCGGUCAGUGUCACGGCGACAUGUUGGAGGGCGAGCAGCCCCUCAGCCUCAGCCUGGCCGCUCACUCUGUGGACACCUUCAGGUACCAGGUGUCACAGGACAAAGUGUCCAUUCACCUGCCCAUGUGCCGCCUGCUGGCAGGUCUCCAUGUUCUCCUCAGUAAGACAGAAGUGGCCGCUCGGUAUCCCGAAUGCCUUCCUCUGGGGGAACUCAGCCCUCACCUGCUUAUCGAACUCCCGCUUCGCUGCCUUGUACUCUGUGCCCAGGUGCAUGCUGGGAUGUGGAGGCGGAAUGGCUUUUCUCUGAUCAAUCAAAUCUAUUACUACCACAAUGUGAAGUGCAGAGUGGAGAUGUUUGACAAAGACCUCAUCAUGCUGCAGACAGGAGCGUCCAUGAUGGAUCCAAACCACUUCCUGAUGAUUGUUCUGAGUCGCUUUGAGGUUUUUCAUAUUUUCAGCUCAGCAGACUGCAGGAAGCGACACAGGGAGCCAAACAAGGACAUUGUCCAGCAGAACAACACUCUGAUUGAGGAGAUGCUGCACCUCAUCAUCAUGGUUGUCGGUGAGCGAUACGUGGCGGGUAUCGGCCAGGUGGCGCCCUUUGAUGAUGUCAGGAGAGAGAUCAUCCACCAGCUGUCAAUCAGAGCCAUGGCUCACAGCGAACUGGUGAAGGCUCUGCCCGAGAACGGGAACAAGGAGACGGGACUGGAGAGAGUCAUCGACACCGUGGCGUCUUUCAGGAAGCCCGGCGUCACCGGUCGUGGUCUGUAUGAACUGCGUCCGGAGUGGAACAAACACUUCAACCUGUACUUUCAUCACUACUCCAGAGCUGACCAGUCCAAGGCUGAGGAGGCUCAGAGGAAGUUGAGGAGACAGAAUGGCGAGGACACAGGUAUACACACAGCCCUGCCCCCUCCUAUCCCGCCCCCUCUCUGUCCUCUCUUUGGCAGCCUGAUCAACCUGCUACAAUGUGACGUCCUUCUGGCUGUAGAGGGCGCUGUGCUGCAGUGGGCCACAGAACCCACCGGGGGAGGCUGGACAGAGUCCAUGCUGCAGAGGGUGUUCCACCUGAUGGGUAUGGCUCUGCUGGAAGAACAGCAGCAGCUGGAGAAUGUCAGUGGAGACGAUGACAUCACCUUCACCUACACUACCAAGAUCACACGUCUAGGAGAAGCUUGUAGUUCAUCAGGAAGUCUUCUGGCCCUGCUGGAGAGGCUGCAGGCUGCUCCUCACCUGGAGGUCCAUAAAGACAUGAUCACAUGGAUCUUCAAGAUGGUGGCAAACAUCAAAACCAUUCGAGAAUGUUCAGCCUCAAACUCUGCUGUGACCGUCAGCCGGGACCACGUGGAGGAGAUGGUGAGAGACAAAGACAAGGCUGAGAGGAAGAGAAAGGCGGAAAUGGCUCAGCUGAGGAGGGAGAAGAUCAUGGCUCAGAUGUCUGAGAUGCAGAGACAUUUUAUCAAUGAGAACAAAGAGCUGUUUGAGGAGAGUCUGGAUGAUGUGCAGAACUCCUCCUCGUCCACAGCAGGAGACGACAGUCCUCCGGUUUCGGAGCCGUCCUGCAUGUCCCGGGUUUGUGUUGGUCCCAGGAGGUCGGGUGGAGGUGAGCGCUGUCAGGUGGUGACGUGCAUCCUGUGCCAGGAGGAGCAGGAAGUCAGAGCUUACGGAAGGGCCAUGGUACUGGCCACUUUCAUCCAGAGGUCAACUGUCCAGUCUAAAAAUCGCAGCCGACCCCUUCCUGACCUAGAACAUCACGAUCCUCUCUUCAUGCACCCUGACCUGGCUCUGGGCAUUCACACUGCAAGCUGUGGUCACGUCAUGCACUCCACCUGCUGGCAGAGGUAUUUUGAGGCAGUGCAGCAGAAGGAGCAGCGGCGUCAGCAACGUCUGCGAGGUCACACGAGCUACAGCGUGGAGAACGGAGAGUUUCUGUGUCCGCUGUGUGAAUGUCUAAGUAACAGCGUCAUACCGCUGCUGCCUGCCGCACACGCCACUGACAGCAGUGUCAGUCAUCCCAGUCUGGAGGCGUGGCUGAAGGUGACCAGCCAGCAGAUGGCAGCGCUGCACUCUACACACAGGAAGCACUCUAAUGAAGCAGCAGAGGGGGCGGAGCCUCUUGGUCCUGAAGGAUUCCAAGUUGACUUCACUCCACUGAACCUGUUUAAUAGCAGCAUCAGUGAGAUGAUCACCACCUUCAGCAUGUCCACCUACAAAGUGGGACUGAAGCUGGAUCCCAAUGAGCAUGAUGACAGGGUGCCACUGCAGAGCUGGGCCAGCUGUGCCUACACCGUCCAGGCUACAGAGCGCGUCCUGCUGGAUGAUGAUAAGCCACUGUUUGGCAGUUUACCCUGCAGACAGGAUGAGUGUUUGCGCUCACUCAUCAGGUUCAGUUCAGCUUGUUGGACCACAGCUCAACAGAAAGCAGUUCACACACACUUCAUCAGGCUAUUUGCAGCUUUGGUUCCAGACUCUUGGGUGGAAAACUCUCCUUGCAUCCUGGACAUCGACAUGUUCCACCUGCUGGUCUACAGUGUUCUGUCCUACGAUUCCAUCCACUGUCUGGAUCAAUCACGACAGACUGUGGUUGACUCCUCCCACCUUCACCUCCUUCACCUGGUCUCUGUGGCUCAUGUGGUCCAAAUCCUGCUCACCUCCACCUCCUCAGAGGAGGUGUGUAUGGAUCAGGACUGUGGAGAAUCAGAGGAGGAGGACCUCACCUAUCAGCUCUAUGACACACUGAGGAAUCACCUGAGCAGCGUCUUACCUGAAGUGACCUCUGGGUGGCAGCUCUGGCGUUGUGUUAAAGCCGGCAUCCUGCCUUUCCUCAGAUCCACAGCCCUGUUCUUCCACUACUUGAACUCUGCGGCGCCCCCUGCUGAUCUGCUGGUUGUGGGCUCUGGCCAGUGGGAGGCGCUGUGCAGCUACCUCAGUCUGCCCUCCAACCUGCUGCAGCUCUUCCAGAGUCAUCGUGGUCUGUUGGACCCUCUGAUCCGCAGGUGGUGCUGUCACCCAGCAGUCAUGCACAGUCUGCAGAAGGGUGUGGCCAUGGUCAGGUUUCCCCGAGAAUCCAACAGACUCAUUGACCUCCCAGAAGACUACAGUGUCCUGAUCAACCAGGCCUCCAGUUUCAUGUGUCCAAAGUCUGGAGGCGACAAGUCCCGAACUCCGACGCUGUGCCUGGUUUGUGGCUCCAUGCUGUGUUCUCAGAGUUACUGCUGCCAGACCGAAGUGGACGGAGAGGACGUGGGGGCCUGCACCGCACACACCUUCAGCUGUGGAGCCGGUGUCGGGCUCUUCCUCAGGGUCAGAGAGUGUCAGGUUCUGUUCAUGGCUGGGAAGAAUAAGGGCUGUUUCUAUCCACCGCCAUACCUGGACGACUACGGAGAAACCGACCAGGGCCUUAAGCGGGGGAACCCCCUCCAUCUGUGUCUGGAGCGCUACAGGAAGAUCCAGCGUCUGUGGCACCAACAUGGUGUGGCUGAAGUCAUUGGCCACGCCCAGGAGGCCAAUCAGACGUUGGUCGCCAUCGACUGGCAGCACCUGUGAUGUUCAGCUCAGCUCCGCCCUCGCUCACAGAUUAAGGCAGUUGAUUGGCUGCUGACCUUUGUUCCGCCUGUUUGUGUGUGGAUGACGUCACCUCACAUCACCUCUCAGGGAAUCUUUCAGGACUUUUUUGCUGUCUCUCUCCUGGGGGCUGUUGACCUUUGACCUUAUCUCACUCCACCAUUGAGGCGGCUCUGGCUCCGCCCACAUCACACUCACUGCAAGCUGAAGCACCUUAAAGGGGUCGUUUGUGCAAAAUCUUUUUUUCUACUUCAAGUCCAAAAAUUCUCGCUGAGCCGACAGACACGCCCACAGGGCUAGCAGUAGUUUGUUUUGUAGAAUGUUUGUGGGACGCCUGCUAGUGGAGGACGUGACAAACAUGACAAAAAAGUCGCAUAUAAACAUAUCUGGUCAAAGUCUUGAUUGGGGAUAAUAUCAGAAACCUGCUGCUGCACUGUUUCUGUCUUCAGGGUUUUUUUUUCCAUAUUUUAGCUUCAUUUUGAAACAGAAAUUUAACAAAUGACAAACAUCUGAAUCUUUCGAGUGAAAAAUGUUUGUGGAAGCUUCUGAUAUUUUGCUCGUUGUGAAUCAGAUUUUCAGACAAACGGAGGAAAUAAAUGUGACAUGUUAAUAUGUGGAUUGUUGUGUAAAUGAUUUUAUGUACAGAACGACAUCAAUAAACAUCGAAACACCUUCU